AUGCCCCCUGCUGCAUCAUCUAGCAGCUCAGCCACAUUUCCACACUCACAAUCACAAGCAACAUGGGUAGAACCUACAAAGGAUGAUAAACCGCCAAAAGAUGCGGACUUACGAACAGCUUGGUCAUUCCUCCAAGUUGGUGUCGAACACAUGAUGUCGAGGAUGCACCUAGGCAUGUCAUAUUCAUACUACAUUUUACUUUUUACAGCUGUAUAUGAUUUCUGUACACAACCUGGGAAAUCUGGUACAGCACCUUUCUCAGCUAAUAGAGGUGGAGCAAGUCUACAAGGUGCAGAUCUAUAUCGAAGUUUACAUAAUUGGUUAAGUGAACAUUGUAAAAAGAUGAGAGAGCAAUCUGAGAAUUUAUCAGAUCUAGAAUUAUUGAAGUUCUACGCUACUCAAUGGGAUAGAUAUACCACAGGUGCAAGAUACGUUAAUAAAUUAUUUAAUUACCUAAAUAAACAUUGGGUAAAGAGGGAGAAAGAUGAAGGUAGAAAAGAGGUCUACACCGUAUAUACUCUCGCUCUCGUAGCUUGGAAACAAAACUUUUUCAGACACUUCACUGUUCAAUCAGGAGGAAUGAGUAGGCUCACUCAAGCUGUCUUGAGACAAGUUGAACAACAACGAAACGGGGAACCUAUCGAUUCUAGCUUAUUGAAGAAGGUCAUUGAUUCUUAUGUUUCCCUUGGUCUUGACGAAGCUGAUGCUCAAAGACAAAACCUUGAUGUCUAUCGAGAAUACUUCCAAGUCCCCUUCCUCGGUACAACGGAACACUAUUACCGUGCAGAAUCAUCUGCUUUCGUUGGAUCAAAUUCCGUUUCUGAUUAUAUGAAGAAAGCAGAAGCUAGAUUACAAGAAGAAUUAGAUAGAGUCAACCUUUACUUGAACGAUAGUACCAGAGCAGAUCUUAAAGCCAAAUGCGAGACAGUGUUGAUUGCUGAGCAUAAUAAACUUAUGUGGGGAGAAUUCCAGUCACUCCUUGAUGCUGAUCGGGUAGAUGAUUUGGCUCGAAUGUAUAACCUUCUAUCCCGUAUCAUAGGUGGACUGGAUCCUUUAAGAGAAAGAUUUGGAGAACAUGUCAAGAAAGCAGGUCAAGCGGCCGUAGAAAAAGUCUUACCUGCUCCUGGGGCCGUUUCUGAGACUGGAAAAGCAGAAAGUUUGGAUCCAAAAUCAUACAUCGAAGCCUUGUUGGAAGUUCAUACCAAAUACACCGAAGUAGUGGAAGGUCCAUUCAGAGCCGAAAUGGGAUUCAACAAGUCCUUGGAUCAGGCUUGUCGAGACUUCUGCAAUCAGAAUGCAGCGGCUUCAACGUCUACCCGAUCUCCUGAACUUUUAGCAAGUUAUUGUGAUCAGCUUAUGAAAAAGAGUAACAAAGAUCUUGAUGCUGAAUCGCUGGAAGCAGCUCUUAAUCAGACUAUGAUCAUCUUCAAAUUCAUCGAUGAUAAAGACGUGUUCCAGAAGUUCUACCAAAAAAAGCUUGCUCAACGUCUUGUCAGUUCACUGUCUGCUUCAGACGAUAGUGAGAGUAGUAUGAUUACGAAAUUGAAGGAAGUAUCUGGAUUUGACUAUACCAAUAAACUGUCUCGAAUGUUCACAGAUGUCAAUCUUUCGAAGGAUCUUGCUGAAAGAUUCAAGGACAGAGAGAGUUCUGCAGGUGUCAGUAGUGAUCUCGACUUCCACCCUUUGGUGCUCGGUACCAAUUUCUGGCCUUUGGCACCUCAACAAACAGACUUCAAUAUUCCUAGAGAGAUUAGAUCAACAUAUGAUAGAUUUACAGGUUUCCACAAUGAAGUGCAUCAAGGUCGAAAACUCACGUGGUUAUGGCAUGUCUCCAAAAAUGAGCUUCGAACGACAUAUCUACCACAGAAAUACAUUUUCAUGACCUCGUGCUAUCAGAUGGCCAUCCUCACGCAAUUCAAUGAGAACGAUAAUAUAACAUAUAAUGAAAUACUCACUGGAACUAAGAUCGCUGAAGGGAUAUUAAAGCCUCAAUUAGCAUUACUCGUAAAAGCGAAAGUAUUGAUACAGGAAGGCGAGAAUUAUGAUCUCAAUUUGAAUUUCAAGUCCAAAAAGAUUCGAGUACAGCUCAAUCAAGCUGUAAAGUCUGAGCAAAAAGCAGAAGCUAAAGAAGUUCUUGCUGCUGUAGAUGAAGAUAGGAAAUUUAUCUAUCAAGCUACUAUAGUCAGAUUGAUGAAGGGUAGAAAGACGAUGCAACAUCAAGCUUUGAUACAAGAAGUGACUGCUCAGAUAUCUUCGAAAUUUACACCUAAGAUACCAGAAAUCAAGAAAGCUAUUGAUUACCUGAUUGACAAAGAAUAUUUGGAAAGAUCAGCCGAUUCCAAUAACACUUAG